AUGGCGGGAAUCGGCAAGGCCCUGAGCAUGAAAGGGCUGCUGGGACUGGUGGGGCAGCACCAGUGCAAUGUGGACUUGAUCUUCAAAGGCAAGAAUGACCAGCCCAUAAGGAGAGCCACAGUGAAGACGGGCACCCCCGACGCACCCAAGAAUGAAGAGCUGCCACUGUACACUACAAAGGACAGCAUCGUUGGAGAGGUGCGGUUGUCACCUGUGCCAGGAAAGAAACUGGAGCACACAGGCGUGAGGGUCCAGUUGAUUGGGCAGAUAGAACUGGCCUCUGAUCGUGGUCAUUACUACGAUUUUCUGUCUUUAGCUCGGGAGUUGGCGCCCCCUGGCGACAUGAUGACGAUCGAGACGUUCCCCUUCGAGUUCAGCAAUGUUGAAAUGCAGUAUGAGUCGUACAAGGGCAAGCAAGCACGCUGCAGGUACUUGUUGAGGGUGACAGUCGUGGGCAAGGGCAUGAACCAAAGCAAUGUAAAGGACUUCCAGUUCUGGGUGCGCAACUACAAUGAAGUGCCACGUGUGGAGGAUGCAACUGUGAAGAUGGAGGUUGGCAUCGAAGAGUGCCUGCACAUCGAAUUCGAGUACAGCAAGGGCUGGUACAAUCUCAAGGACGUGGUGACAGGCAAGAUCUACUUCCUGCUGGUGCGCAUCAAGCUCAAGUACAUGGAGAUUGAGAUACGACGCAGGGAGACCACGCGUGUGGGCUCCACUCCAAAGAACGAGACAGAGAUCAUUGGGAAGUAUGAGAUCAUGGAUGGGGCGCCGGUGAGGGGCGAAACCGUCCCCAUAAGGAUGUACCUGACGCCAUACGACCUCACCCCCACCUACGAGAACGUGCACAACAAGUUCAGCGUCAAGUACUUCCUCAAUCUCGUGCUCGUGGACGAUGAGGACCGGCGGUACUUCAAACAGCAGGAAAUCGAGCUGUUCCGGUUCAAGCCAGAGCCCGUGAAGGACAAGAAUUAG